AUGACGACCAUUUCUUCCCCAUCUUCUGGCUUGGAUAAACGACCAGCGGCGGCGGACAUACGGACAAAUCUCCGGUCGUCUCGAUCACAGGCCCCAGCGUCUCCCCACACUCCACAGCAGUCUCGCCAGACUUACUCUCUCUACACGGGCUCCUCCUCGCCGGGCUCAUCAUUUCGUCAUGAGGAAGAUGCUGUCAUCUUAGAAAUUGGAUCACGUUGGUUGCGGGGGGGCUUUGAAGGCAGCAGCACUCCGACAUGCGUGGUAGGGUUCGGCCCAGAAGAAGCAAGACGAGUGGGCGAUUAUCGGGGAUGGAUGAGAAAUCCGAAUCAAGCCGUGCAAAAGGGAAAGAUAACGCCUGUCAAUGCCGAAAACUGGCUAGAGAAAUAUGAAUUAUGGCGCAAGGACAUUCGAGGCCUUGAUAUCGGGCUAUUCGAAGACAGACUUGAACGGGCUGUUCGGGAGCUAUACAACAAAUAUCUGCUCACGGACGCUGGCUCCUCGCGCUUGGUUCUCGUUCUUCCGUCAAUCGUCCCUCACGCACUAUUGUCCUCCCUAUUAUCCACGAUAUUCCACCGUUGGAAAUACCCUAGCAUCACGCUUCUUCCAUCUCCUGCUAUGGCUGCUGUUGGGGCUGGCGUUAGGUCAGCACUCGUUAUAGAUAUUGGCUGGGAGGAAACAACCGUUACGGCCCUUUAUGAAUACCGAGAAAUCCAAUCUAAACGGAGUACUCGUGCAAUGAAACUUCUAAUGCAGCGCUUUGGCAAGUUUUUAACCCAGAUUGUCCGGCACGAGGAGCAUUCAACCACGGAUAAUGAUGAUACCAUAACAGUAAGCGUUGAUCUUUGCGAAGAUAUUCUGGCUCGAUUUGCGUGGUGCAGGACUGGGACCGAAUCCCAGCGACAGUCAGAGUCUCAGGUCACGGAAGCCUCUGACCGCGCCUCUCUCCUAGACGACGACGACAAUGGUGUUUCCCGUGUGGAAUCUGGGCAACCAAGUCUAGUCUCUCUACCACUUCCUGUUGGAGAUGAGAUGUCGUCUAUAGACGUAUCGUUCCUAAAGCUUUCUGAACCGGUGGAACAAGCAUUGUUUGCAGGCCCGGCGGACCAGCGAGAUUGGGAUGACGACGAUACUCCAUUGGAUAUACUUGUUUACAACACGCUGCUUGCACUUUCUCCGGAUGUGCGUGGAACCUGUAUGUCUAGGAUUACAUUCACCGGAGGCGGAUCGAACAUCCCUGGAAUACGGCGGAGAAUCAUAGAGGACGUGGAUUCACUAGUCAAAACACGUCAGUGGCGUCCAGCCCGAGGCAAAGUACUUGAUAAAGGAUUAAAAAAUAAUAAACCAAAUAUGGAUGAGCAGCACCUGAAAACAGUCGCCGGCGAGUCUACUGCAGACAUCCCUCUCAGAAUAUCAGAUAAAAUACCGGAUUCAAGUUUCAUCGAUGAGAGAUUUCAGCAAACCGGCAAGGAUUCAGAAGCACACAUACAAGGCGUUUCUCGACAAGUAGAUUCGCUAGGAUCAUGGGCUGGUGCCAGCCUGGUAACCAGUUUAAAAAUAAAAGGCUUAGUUGAAGUUGACCGAGAAAAAUUCCUUCAGCACGGACUUUCGGGUGCUAGCCGAGAGUAUAAUAUGAAUACGGUAAUGGAUCGAAGAUCAGCCUACGGGCCAGGCAUGGCUAGGUCUGGGGGCGACAGAUCAAGCUGGACGCUUGGUGAAUGGGCAUAA